AUGGGUUUGCCUUGGUAUCGUGUUCAUACUGUUGUAUUGAAUGAUCCCGGUCGUUUGCUUUCGGUUCAUAUAAUGCAUACUGCUCUGGUUGCUGGUUGGGCCGGUUCCAUGGCUCUAUAUGAAUUAGCUGUUUUUGAUCCCUCCGACCCUGUUCUUGAUCCAAUGUGGAGACAAGGAGGGACUAUAACGAAUCGGGUCUUUGGAGUUACGAAGGGGAGCCGCAGCACAUAUCGUGUUUCUGGCUUGUGCUUCUUGGCAGCUAUUUGGCAUUGG